AUGCACACUCCCAUUUCAGCACUUGGUCCUGAAAAGGUUGCCAACACUUCUAUAGUAGAAGUGCCUUCUUCUGCUCCAUUCCUCUUCAGUCAAGAUUGUAUCCCCUUUAAGCCUUUUGUAUUUGAGGAAAGUUCUUUAUUUAUAAAGAAUAUGGUGAAAAUCAGAGUGAUAGGUCCAAUGUUAGAUGUUUCAUUGAAGUAUGGCAGUUUCAUCCAAACUUGCCAGAGGGAAAAAGUACCACAGGAAGAACUACCUUCAGGCUCAUCAACAACAACGUUAAUAGAAGCACGGAGACGUGUUGAGCUACAUACUUCGAGAUCACACAAUUAUCAGUUUUCCAGUCAUCAGGAAGAUAUUACAACACGUGUGAUCCAGCAGGAAGUAGCACGUCGUGAUUCCUGCUCAACCAAAUAUCUCCACCAGGAAGGUUGUCUUACAACUGAACGAGGUUUGAUGGAAUUAAAACCAGAACAACACCUGAAGUAUGCUCAGCUGCAGGACUUUAGCAGGCAGAGUCAGCAGUUCUCCGAUGAGAUGGAUCUGAUUCCGAUGCGAUGGACAGAUGCAGCAGGGAGCAGGCAGGCAGCGAAGCAGCAGGACAGAAGGAAUAUAUCAGAUGAAGCACUGCAGGUAAACAAGCUGAAAAGAGAGAAUUUGUCUCUCAGAUGCAAAGUUGAAAAACUAGGUGGAGAAAAGGAGGAAAUCUUGAAAGACAAUAAAUAUCUUAAAGAAGAACUUAACAGAAAGAAAGUCCUAAUUUCUCAUCUGUUGAUGGACAUAAAAGAGCUCCACUGUGAGAAAAAGGACCUUACUGAUAUUAUUCGCUGCCUACGUUGGAAGAAACAGCAGUUGUGUGAAAAGUUUGAGGAAAAACUGAAUAGAGAGAGAACACUAAGAAAGGACUGUUGUAGGUCAUUGAUGUAUAGAGACAACUUACUAUCACUUGUGAGCAAAGAAUACAAAAAAUGCUUGGUGACUAUCUGGCAAACAAGUGCAGAUGUUGAAAAAGCAGAACAUCAAAUGCCGGAAAAUGAACUAAAAAAGGAAUGGCUUCAAAAUUCCAUAGACAAUCUCAAAACCAAACAUUCCAAAGAAUCUAGAAAAAAGGUACAGGAAUGGCUUCAGGAAUCUCUAAAAAACCUGAAAGAGAAUUCCCAUAAGGUAUCAAGACACACCUUGCCAGAAUGGCUUAAAGCUUCAGUGAUAACUCUUGAAAAGGAAUGUCCAGAAGUAUCCAGGGAAGAUGUAAAGGAAUGGUUGGAUACAUCCAUAAAUUGUCUUCAAAAAAAAGGGCCAGAAACAUCCCCAAUGAAUGUGGAGCAAUGGCUUGAAGAAUCUUUUAAAAGUAUUCAAGAUCUUCAGAAAUAUGAGGCAGAAUCUCGAGGUAGCUUAAGAAAGGGAUGGCUUGAAAAAUCAAUAGAAAACCUGAAGAAGCAAGGUUCUGAAGUACCUGUGAAAAAUGUAUUACAGUGGCUUGAAGGAUCCUUAGAAAGCCUCUCAUCUUCUAAAACACCUGAACCAGUUCUGGAAAAAUGGCUUCGAGACUCUUUGAAAAAUCUAGAAGAGGAAAGUCCUGAAACAUCUAAUCAAGAUGCCAAAGAAUGGCUUCAAAUGUCUGUAAAUAACCUUGAAGAGGAAGGACCUGAAACAUCACAUUUAAAUGCUCAAGAAUGGCUUAAAGAAUCUAUUAAAAGCCUUCAGGAUUUACAGAAACCUAAGAUAUCUUUUCAAAAUAGCCUAAGAAAUGGAUGGUUUGAAAAAUCAUUACAGAACAUGAAGAAGCAAUGUUCUGAAGGACUAGCAGAAAAUAUAUUACAAUGGCUUCAAGGAUCCCUAGAAAGAGUCUCAGCUUCUGAAGAACCUACACCAGUUCUGACCAAAUGGCUUGAAGAAUCCUUGAAAAAUCUGGAAGAGGAAAGUCCUGAAGAAUUUAAACAAGAUGUCAAAACAUGGCUUGAACCUUCUAUAAAGAACCAGAAAAAUGUGGAAGAGGAAAGUCCUGAAGAAUUUAAACAAGAUGUCAAAACAUGGCUUGAACCUUCUAUAAAGAACCAGAAAAAUGUGGAAGAGGAAAGUCCUGAAGAAUUUAAACAAGAUGUCAAAACAUGGCUUGAACUAUCUAUAAAGAACCUGGAAGAGGAAAAACCUGAAGAACUGCAUUUAGGAACUCAAGGAUGGCUCCAAGCAUCUAUUAAAAGCAUUCAGGAUACAAAGAAGUCGAAGGUAAAAUUUGAAGACAGCAUAAAUAAUGGAUGGCUUGGAAAAUCAACACAGGAUCUCCAGAAACAAUUUUCUCAACGACCUUUGGAAAAUGUAUUACAGUGGCUUCAAAGAUCUCGACAAAGCCUGUCAUCUUCUAAAUCAACCAACCUAGUUCUGGAAAAUUGGCUUCAAGAAUCCUUGACAAAUCUGGAACAGGAAGAUUCUGAGGAAGCUAAAGAUACCAAAAAAUGGUUUGAAAUAUCUAUAAAUAAUCUUGAACCAGAAGGACCUGAAGUACCACAUCUAAAUCCCGAGGAAUGGCUUGAAACAUCAAUUAAUGGCAUUCGGGAUUUCAAAAAGCAAUCCUUUAAAGCAUCAAAAGCCAGUCUGAGAUUCAGCAGGGAGAGAGUGAUUCGGGUAGAGUCUGCUUUAUCUGAAAGACAUUUGAGGAAUGGAUGGCUGCAAGCAUCUUUAGCAAAUUCCAGAGAGCAUGGUUCUACUGCAUCCAGAACCGGUGUUCAAGCAUGGCUGCAAACCUCUUUGAAAAAAAUCAAGCAAGAAUCUUCAGAAGAAGCCGGAAGCAACCUUGAGGAAUGGCUCCAAAAAUCCAUUGAAAAUAUCCAGAUGGGAUGUCCUGAAGAAUCCAUGCCAUAUGUGAAGGAAUGGCUUGAUUCAACCCUAAAUCACUUCCAAGAGCCAGGACCUGAAACAACCCAUCUAAAUGUGGAAGAGUGGCAUAAAAUAUCUAUCCAAGGUCUGCAGGAGGACAUAUUAAAAGAGAUGACAGGAGGAAAAGAUCCUAAAAUAUGGAGGACAAAAGUUUCCAAAGGAAUUCCUUCUCAAGAAAAACAGACUUUAAGGAAUAAACUAGACAAGCUGAUCUUGUGUUGCAGGUAUGACUUAUUCUAACUAAUGUGGGCUGUAAUCAUAGAUAUUUAAUUCAUCUGUUUUGAAUAUAUUUCUCUUCCAUUCCCUCUAAAUAUUUGAAAAGUCCCUAUCUUUUCAAAUGUCUGGAUUGGAAAUGAAAGGUUCAUUGUUAAUUCAUUCUUUCCUGUGAGUUAUGCCACUCUAUGGUUAAUACCAUUUGAUUAAAUGUUCUUUCACAAAGUGAUCUGAUUAUUGCUCUUUGAGACCACUACCGUCCUCCUUUCAGCCUGAUGAUGCUUAACUUCCCAUCACAGUAGAUCCCAAAAUAUAUCAGGAAUGAGCUCUUUCUCUCUGAUGGCCCGUUGAGAAGCAUUGGAUCAGACUAUAUUUGAUGCCCUUGAGAUACAUUGGGCUACAAUUCUUAACAUGAUUCAGUUGAAUGCAGAUGAUAAAGUUUGGAAAUACCCAGCCAAUGAAAGGCUAGUGGGCAGAGUGAAUUAGCAAAGAUUUCCUAAUGAGCUGUUGUCUUUUCUCUGUUCUUUUCAGAAAAAAGCAGGGACAAAUAUUGAAGACUUGUGGAUUCAUCCUCCUGGCAGUGUUCAUUUUUCUCUCUAUUUAUGUUCAUAUUAGACGGUACUGCAUAGUGAAUAAGCAGGGCCUUAGAUCUUAUUAACUUUUCAGUACCAGGAUGAAAAAGCUUUAGUUGGUAUUAUAGCGACUUUGUAAAGAAUAUAUAAUGUAUAAUAGUCAAAAUUUGUUCUUGUUUUUAUUUUUAAUAUAGUCCAAAUCUGUCUUAUGGGUAGACUUUCACAACAAAAUAUAGUUUUGACUGGAGGAAAGAUUGAUAUAAUAAGAAACAGGAAACGUUCCAAUCUCUUUAAAAAGAGAGAGGAAAAAACUAUGAGAUAUAUACAAAAGUAAAAUGCAAAAUCCAGACCCAGUUCUCCACCCGCUUUUACUGAAAAUUGCAAUUGUCUAUCUUUCUCUUCCCACAGUCAUCUGAGGGUUGUCAUGGGUCAUUUCUAGUUGUGUCUAUUUAAAUUUGUUUUCAGUGUCUUCUCACUGCUACUUAGUGUUCAUGAUUGUUGUUGAUAAUGAUGGAUGCUAAGAUUCUGCCAUCUUUUCUACAUGGUGGCUUUUAUAGUCCUUAUAUUGUAUGUUUGCUGUAGAUGACUUUUUUCUUCUUGGGCUUUUGAGUCCCUUGGCUUACAGAUAGACUCCAACUUACAAUAACAAGUGUACCAGAAUCUCAUUUGUUGAAUAAAACUCUCAUUGAGAUUUCAUAUAACUACUUUGCUCAAUAUCCUCAAUCCUGAGGGAUGUAAAGCAGACCAUGCAAUUUUAUGCCCCUCAGGAUUGAGGUUGUUGAGCAGUGUAUGGGAUGGGGCGGGUUAAGGCCUUGGAGCAGGUAGUCCUGGGCUUCUGCUAGGCCUCCCAGGGUGUUGUGGCCUACCAAACUCAGAUGAUGAGGCAGCUAUGGAAAAACUUGGGCCAGUCCUGGAGUCUGGGGAAGGCUCUAAUGGAUGUGCUGUGUUGGAAGCAGAGAGAGAGAGCCAGCCUGUCCAGCAUUUCACAGCUGCCUUUAGAGUGAGAGAUAAGUGGGGAAGAACAGCUGGGGCAUAUUCCAGAUGCGUGUAUGCACAGAGCUGUCAGGAGAAAACAAUUGAGGAACAGGGGCUGACUCAGGAAGAAAGGCACACAUGGACGCUAAAUGAUCCCUCCCUGGCUAGGGAAUAAAUAGAAGCAAAAGGGGAAUGGUGGUUGCAGGAGACAACAGUUCGUAUUUCGUUUGCUGAUCAUGGUUAUAGUAGUCUGUUAAUUGUUUCAGAGAUGUUUUUGAUUAAACUUUUAUCCUAUAUGUAGCUUGUUUUGAUUGCCCCAUAAUGGGUUGAGUUGCCUGGCACUUUUUGAAAAAAUGUGUGAUUAUCAAUUUUCUUCGUUUUUCUGGUGUUCUAGGUUGCUGUGGAUUUGCAGUCAUCUACACAGUUCUUGUUUGGAUUUGGAUUGUUACUUCAUUAACAGAGUACUUGGUUAGUGUAUGUUGUUUUUUAACAGACUUACAUUUCUGAUGUGCCAUCAUUUCACCUGCUGAUGAGGAUAUCCAGGCAGACUAGUAUGUUGUUUUCUCCUUCCCUUGUGAAUUUUAUUCGUUCAAAGAUGUUUUGGGUUGUUCCACGUGUCCUCUCUUCUCUGUGGUUUUUAUUUUAUUUUAAUGUUAUCCACAUUUUGAUUCUUUAUGUAGAAGUGCUAGUUUUUAGAUAUUGCAUUAUGAUUUCUGUUAUGAGUUGGGAAAUGGUGAAUCCAUGGAUGUUUCUGAUUUACUUAUUUCUUGGAUAUUCUGGAGAUAACUAUAUAUUUGAUAGAAUUUUCAGUCCCCUCUCUGAGCUGUCAAAGCCUUUUUGUAAUUGUUUCAUUUUCAUUUUGGGUAAUGAUACAAUUGGAUAAAGAUUGGGCUUAUGUAUUUUGGGGUGCCCUUAGAAGCAGGGGAGGCUGGGCCCUUUGCUUUUCAUUCCUUUUCUUUUGGGAUUUGUAGGCUGUCUAUUUGGAUUCAUGUUAUAUCUUUGUUUGUUGUUUGAAUAGUUUGGAAUUUUGUUUUUCUUCUUUCAGCUGGUCUUAGAAAUGUAGUCUUGAUGAUAGUUAUCAGCAUUUUUGUGUUUACUUUGGUCAUGGUUUGUUCCAAUUGCUCCUUCAGGCUGUCUAUGAUGUACCAGAUGGCAUUACUAACUAAUUAAAUAGCCUAACAGGACUCAUUUGCAAUAUACUAUGUGAAUACUAUAAAGUCAAAUGUACGACAGGCAGGAGAAAACUAGCAGAGGGCAUCCAUGAAAAUCAGCUAGUGGUGAGAAGAUGCAAUGAAAACUCCUUAAUCUUCCAAUAGCUGGAGAGCAAAGCUGCCAAAUAUCCAGCAUUGGCGGCAAAAUCAGCCAUUCUUUGAUGAAAGGGAAAAAAUUGUCUGCCGUUCAGCAUACCAUUUUGGGGGGAAGUCCAAGAGGACUUACCCGUAGUUUCAACUUUGACUAUCCUAGACAAAGACAAAUCCAAAAACAUUAGGGAAUUUCAGACAAUCAGCCACCAGUGGAACCAUAAUCAUAAAUGACAUUUACACACCACUCAAGAGACUAUAAAAAGUUAAGAAGGAAAGAAAGACAAGAAUACAUUCAUUCUAGCAGUCUACACUCAAUAUGCAGGAAUUAAGACCAAACAAUCCAUCAGAAUAUAAUACCCUAAUUAAGCUACUAAUGAGAAAACAAUACCUACAACAAUGGCAGUGCAAAGUACUGUAUAGAAACUGGGAGCAAACCAGCUGCAUAUACUGGUAUUGAUAUUAUCAUGUCAACAAGCAAAGAAUCCAGCUCAAAGUAUCAAGGACUCCAAAGUUCAAACCUGAGAUAUAGAUAUUCUCUUCUGUAGAAUCUGCAGAGGAAGAAAUAGUAUUUUCUAGUGUUUCCUAUGUAGCAAGCUGAUGGUGUUCUUUCAUUUUUUAAAACAUCUGUAAUAAUUAAAUAUUGAUUUAAUACUGAAUUCUUAGUCUAAAACCAGAUUGUCUAUGGAGACUCUGUCAUCCAGGUAAUAGUUGUCCCAAAGGUGUUUUUUCAAGAAACUUUUUGCGUUUUCUUUGAAGAUGUUUCACUUCUUACCCAAGAAAUUCUUUAGCUCUGACUAGGUAACUUCUAAAACCAGAGGUGAAUGCAAUUUUCCAAGAACCAUCUUGGUUUAGCGGUUUAUGUUUCUGCUGCUUCUACAGUUACUAGUAUUAAGCUCCACAAAUAAAUAAAUUGGAAGCAUAUCAGGAAAUACUUUUCAGAACUUCUGCCAGUUAGAAAAUAGUGAUAUACUGCUCUCCUAAAGGAAUAUGAUAUUGAAACAUGUACUUUAUAACCAAUGAUCACGCCAUCAACAAUGCUGAUUAUCUACAUGCAGGCUUAGAUUUGUAAGAAAAUGGAGGAAGGGAAAAAAUAGGGAGUUGUAGCUACACAAAAAGGGAUUUUCAAUUUAGAAAAAAAGCCAAAAAGAGGAUAAAUGGUGGAGAUCUAAAAAAAAAUAUGUCUGAAGAAAAUAAAUAUGUAAUAUUUGGGAUUAUCUAAUAAAUCUGAAGUCAAAAUUCUGAGCUUUUCAUGAUAAUAAACUCUGAAUCUCAUUUCCAUCAACAACAAAAUACUUCUGUUGAGAUUGAUGACUAUGGUUAACUAUGUUUUGAAGAAAAGGCAAUAAUUAGUUGCAUAUAUACAAAUUAUUGCUAUAUGAUUUGGGAAAUGUGUGGCAAAAUAUAUUCAGCUGGAAAUUCAGUGUUUUUCACUUUGGAUGUUACACUUUGAAUUCAGUAAACAAGAAGCCCAUGAUCUCUCGUGCUCUAUGUGUUUGAACACAUAAAGAACUGCCUUUACUUACCUACUAUAGAAAUCUCCCUAAACAAAGAACAAAAUAUGUAUUAUAACAUGUUAGAAUGUUUCUAAUUGUGUUGAUGCGAUACUGACUACAAUUCAAAUAGUGAUAAAAUCAGACACGGAAACUUUGUGUUGUCAAUUUAAUAUACUUUACUUGAAGAUUUUGCAUUUAUUUUUACAUUUCAAUGUUACAAAGUUUAUAAAAGUAAAGCUGAGAUGGGUGCCUAAAAUAUAUGAAGACAUACUUUAUUUCAAAAUGCUUUUCAUCUAAUUAAAAUAAAAAAUUAUAUUCCUGAUUUUGAAAUGUUUUGAUAGUAUUUUUUCAUUCUGAUACUUAUCUUCAACUAUAUGCACAUGGUUUUUGACCUUAUAAACAGAAAAAUAUCUAGUUCCAUAUCUGUGUCUCAAACAGCAAAUCUAAACAUCUCAUUUUUAUCAACAAUUCAUCUAUAUUGUAUUACUUAAAUAUAAAAUCUAUUUAACAAGCAACACUAACCCUCUUAUUUGGCUGCUUCUUUUACACAUAUUUGGUGUGUUAAAUUCAACUAAGGAAGGUUUGUUCUCAACAAUUAUUUAAAGGAUUGUGCUCUAAAUUUCUGUGAGAAUGAAAAUAAACUGCAAUGUUGUAUUACCCUAUGUAUUUGACAGAAACCACAUAAAAUGUAUCAUAAUAUCAAUUCUCAUCGUUAAUUACAUAAUUUGAAUAAUUUGUUUACUGUCAUAUGUGUGGUAUCACUUCCCCCCUGCUUCCCAAUUAUGUCCAUUUGUUACAUCAAGGAAUCCUGCUUUAAAAUUGACAGGAGGUGAAUACAUUUGCAUAUCUUCUUCAAUCUUUUGCUUGUCAAUAGACUAUUUC